GUGCGCCGGUCCGGUCACACAUAUGGCUGUUGCGACACUGCUUCAAAUUUGGCUUGAUGUAAAAAAUAAAAAGUGAAAUAAAAGAACACACACGUAGAAACGUUAAUGUGGAAUGUAUAGUGACAUUAUAAAUUGAUUAAAGUGUCUUACGGAGGAAGUAUGUUGGGGGGUUAUUGACAAUUUUUCAUGAUAUACGUAAUAUGUUUAACAAGUUGGCAUUCAAGUUGGUCGGUGCUGUUGGAAUGAUCAUACAGUAUGGAUCUGUGGCUCACUGUACUCUGGAAUACAUUGGAGAUUUUGUCAUAUGUACCGGACCGUCCAUGGAACCAACGAUUUUUAGCAACACUCUUCUUUUCACGGAGCACUUGUCACCAAGACUACAAAAACUCAGCAAAGGUGAUAUAAUUAUUGCGAAAAGUCCAUCAGAGCCUCGUCAACAUAUUUGCAAAAGAAUAACCGGCCUUCCUGGCGACAAAGUUCGUUAUGGAUUCACAACAUACGUUGUGCCUCCUGGACACGUUUGGCUCGAGGGUGACAACAGGAAUAAUUCGAAGGACUCUAGAACCUAUGGAGCCGUACCUCAAGGGCUGCUGCGUUCUCGAGUAUUAUGCAAAGUUGCAAGCUUCGCAACGUAAUUGUCAUAUUCUUGACCUUGACCGGUUUUUAGAUCAGUCGGAUUUCCUUAUGGCUCCUGAUCCUCACGCAUCUUGCAUAUCGUGUAUUUAUUAUUACUCACGAGACUUAUUGUCAACAACUGCUAUUUUGAUCAUAUACCGUCGAUCGCAUCGUACAACAUUAACUUUCAUCUGCCUGAUAAACAUUUAUAAUAUUAUCAGGCUCGCUUUUCAAAUAACAUCUCAUCGAUCGUUGACUAAAACGAUAUCACCAUUUAUCAUCACGACCCCAAUCGCAAUAGAUUUGAGACCGACAAAACGAAUAAAGAAAGACUGGAAGAGAA